AUGGCGGUCUUACCGCCUGGACAUCCUCAGGGAAAGGGAUACGCAAGAGUGCAGCGAGUGGACGAGGCGUACAAGCUCUACAGUACAACCUGCAUCUCACAUGCUUCAGAUUGAGAGAGCUUGCUAAUAUCGGCAUAGACUACUUGACCGAGAACAUCGUCGACAACCGCAACUUGCGAGUGCACCUCUGGGACAUUAGUAACUUCCCCGCAGUCUUUGUUCGUUGCAACUGUGGCAACUCGCAGUCUCAUCCACCAAGUGAGAGUAUUGCGCGAAUGGCUGUGGGCCCCGGCUGGCAGACGUUCAACGCAAUGUCGCCGAUGCCCAUACCUCAACCUUCCGCUUAUGUGAAUGCAGCGGUCGCCAUGCCGCCUCCCAUGUCGAUGCCUCUCCCUGUGCAAGCCAACGAACAGCAGAUCAUUGCAGCCAUGCAAAGACUCCAGCUCAAUCCUCAAAAUCCAAACCACCGCGCUCAGUUCGCCCAGGUCGUCAACGCCCAUUUCGCGCAAGAAUCUCAGCCUCCACCUCAAGCCCGACCGCCUCCUCCAAUGUCCCACACCUCGCCUCCACCUCUACCACCACAAGCAUACCCCCUCUACAUCACCAACACCACCGGAGCCCCCGUCAACGCCGCCCACGGUCUCAUCCAGACCGAAGCCCGCGGCAUCUUCAUUUCCAAUCUGAGUUUCAAAUCCACGGAAGGCGAAAUCGAACAGUACUUCAGCAAACCAGGCAAGAUUGUCAAGAUCGAUCUGCAAAAGGACGCGAAUGGGAAAUCAAAGGGUAAUGCCACGAUUCAGUAUGCUACUGCGGAGGCCGCGCAGGAUGCGGUACGGAUGUACCAUCGGAGGGAGUUCAUGAAGAUGGUGUUGAAGGUCAGGGCGGAUAGGGAGAGGACUGCGAUUAACGCUCCUGCUCAGCAGGCCAAAGGAGGGGCGCAACAGCAGAAGGUGGGGAGGAGAGGGGAAGAGCCUACGAUUGUCAACGGCAGUCAGGUGAGUUCUACUUCUUCUGCUUUGUGCUCUUGCUCUGCUUGAUUGUGUGGCAGUAACUGAGUCCCAGACCUAAAGGCACCUCGCAAGGACAGCGCAAUCAGCGGCCUUCCCUUCAAGAGCUGA